AUGUUGGAAUUCUCUCAUAAUUUAAUAAGGUCGUUGUCAUAGAAAUAAAUUGCAAGUUAAUCACUCAUAGAACCUUAUAUAUAUAAAGAUGAUAUUAAAGAUAAGAUAUUGAUAUCUUAACUUAAAAAAGGCGAGCAAUUAAACAUAGUAGAUGAAUUAGAGAAUUUAAAGAAGUUUGAAAUUUUUAAAGAUAAAUGUAAUCUCUUGAACUUGGAUUGGGAUAAUACUUUUGAUUAUUUCAAUGAAUAAAAAUAAAAUAAAUUAGAUGAAGAUGUAUUAGCUUAUAGUCUUUUAGAAGACAAUCAAACUAGAAAUAGAAACAAAUGUACUAUAAUUCUAAUUCCAAAAUAAAUAUAAUUAAAAUAAAUCAAAUUAUAAGAACAUCAUUUUUAUGAACUAUCUAUUAUAAAAAGAAGAAGAUUAUUUUGAUAAAUAGAAAUAGCAAAACAAAGGAAAUGAUAAUGAAGAAAAUGUUGAUUUUUUUGGAUUUACUUAAGAAGUAAGAUAAGAAUUAAAAUAAUUACUUGAAAUUGGAUUUAAAGAUUGGAAUAAAAAAGAAUUUUUUGAUUCAUUACUGCUAAUGAAAAGUAUUGUUAAAAUAUAGAGAAAAUUAAAACUAAAACUUCUGAUGUAGGAAAAGCUCUAAGGGAAAGAAUUGAUGGCUUUUGUAAAAAGAUAAAAUUGUUAAAUAGAUUGA